AUGGAAAUUCUUAGAGCAAACAAAAUAAUGAACAAUUUUAUUUCUAAGAUUUCUAAUAUUAUAAUAUUCUCACAUUCCAUUUUGUUAUUUGUGUGGCUUAGAAUAUAUGUAUGCUCUGAAAGUACUAUUAACAACGAUUGGAUAGGAUUUGAAGAUAAUAACCCUAGUGGUCUACAAAGUAUAGUAAAUUUUGAUGAUCAUUCUGUGAUACAAUCUCUUCAAGAUAAUGAAAUUGUUAUGAAUAAACUAGGGUAUGAAGAUGAGUUGAGUAAACAAUUUGAGGCUAAUAACAUAUUUGAUAACUCAAUAACAUUAAAUGAAAUAACUACAAAGUUACAGUCAAUAUCAAGUACUAAUCCUGAUAAAUCAGGAAAGAAAUUUUUUAAUAAUAAACUGGGUCAAAUGAUAACCUUUAAGGUAGAAGAAAAUGAUAGACAUAUUGAUUCAGAUAUAGAAGUUCUCAUCACAAUAUCUUUACCACUUUCCAUUUUUGAAGGACACAAUAUAGAUUAUUUCAUUAUAUCAACUCCUCCAUUAUAUACAUUACCUCUAGGAAAAAGAGUAUGUCGAAGUGUUGGAUUUAUGAAGGAUUUCAGUAAUAUAAAAAAAAACGAAGAAAUAAGAAUUAAAUGUAUUACUGUCACUGCAAAUAAUCUACUCUACUUUGUUAUACAAACUGAAACAGAAACACCUAUUUCAGCCCCUGGUACACAUAUGUUUAUAUUAAAAGUGAGGACACCAGCUGAAACCCAUAAAGUUUAUAAUGAUCCCAAAAACUUUUGGUGGUUAGCUAAAAUAAGAUUUUCAAGUGGUCACUACAUAACUAAAGUAUUUGAGAAUUCAAGAUUAUUACAAAAAGCAGAGUGUCAGUGGAGUCCCUGGAGAAGAGAGACUGGAUGCAGUUCUACAUGUAAUGGUGGAAUAGAAAUAUGGAGACGAUCUUUACUUUCAGGUAAAAAUGAGGAAUUUUGUGGUGGAGUAUAUCAGAGUAGGGAAUGUGCUACAAAUAAAUGUAAUAUAAGCUGUCAAUUGGGGAUAUGGGAAAAAUUAAUUGAUUGCACAACAGAAUGUGAUGCAUCAAUAAAUAAUGGUAAGAAAAUUGAAGUAAGAAGAGUAAUUAUGCUUAAUUCAGGUAAAGGCCUUCAUUGUUCAGAAAUAUAUCCUUGGAAUGAAGAAACACAAACUGGAUGGAACCCAAGUUUAGGUAUGGUUGUUAGAUAUUCUGAAUGCGAAUCAAAAUAUCAAAAAAGUUGUAGUGAACAAAUUGGUUGUAGAGUCGAAAAAGAAAAUUUAAGAACAAUACCAUCUAAUUAUCCAUGGGGUCCUUGUCCAUUUCCUUGUGGAGGCUUUGGAAAUAUUACAAGUCUUGUACAAGUGGCUCAUGGUAUUCCAAAAUGGGUUGGUGAAAAAUUAUUCCCUGAAACAUUUGAGUUUCCAUGUAAAAGUAAUAAAAAACCAAUUAUUGAACAUAUACCAUGUAAUACUAGACCAUGUGAGGAUUGUAUGAUAUAUCUAGAAAAUUCUGAACUAAAUACUACAACAAAUGUUUGGAUAUUCUUCCAUUUAUUCCAAGAAGCUGAUGAAAUACGUUUUACAUUACCAAAAGGAUUCUCUUUUCCAGUUUAUAAUGAAGUUGAAUUAUCAUUAACUAAAUAUGAUAAUAAGGAUGUAAAUAUAUCAAAUAAUAAACAUUGGACAUUAUUAGAUAGUAUUAAGUUAGCUAUUGACUAUAAAGGAAAUAGAAAACAAGAAGUUAUAAAUAAUAAUGUGAAUGUAACAAAUGAAGAUUGUCAUAUUAUAGCAGCUUCAUUUGGUUCAAUAAAAUCUUGUAAUAUAUUAUCAUCUAGUAAAGAUAAUUCAACAAUUUUUACUGAAGCAUUGUUAUCUUUAGAUAGUACUGUAGAAGCUACCAAAUUUAGUUUUAAUGAAGAAAACAAAAAUCAAAAACCUAAUUGGUUUAUUAUUCCUAUUAAUAUACAAAGUGCUGAAGGAUUAUUAUUACCAAAUGGAAUACCAAAUAAAGAACAAUUUAAACUUCAUACACGCGGUUCAAAUUCAUUAAAAGAACCAGAAGAACUUAUAUGUAACCUUCAAACAAAGAUCAAUUUUCCACAACCAUGUUUAAUUAAUGUUUCUCCAGUACGUAAUAGUGAUUGUAAAAAUUGUACAAAGAGAAAUAUAUAUGAUAUAGAAGCUUAUAAAUUAUUUAUACCUGAAAAAAAUGGUGGUGCAUGUGUUGUUCCAAUUGAUGAUAGAAUACCAGAAACAAAAACUAAAAUUUCAUGUAUUCAUGUAUGCCCAAAAGGAAAACAAUAUAGAAUGGGUACAAUAAAAGAUUUAACUAAAAUUGAAUUUAAAUUUAAUAAUAAUAAAAAAAAGAAAGAUAAUACACCUCAAAAAUAA